AAACCGCUGUUAGUGUUGAUGUUUAUUCAUCGAACUGUCAUUCAGUUUGCAAAUUGGACAAGUUUUUUUUUGAUUAAACGAUGGUUUACAUUCAUUUUCCGGCAAAUUUCACUGAAGAGGAGCUCAUGCUCCAAGCCAAAUACCAGAAACUUAAGAAAAAGAAAAAGGCUUUGCAAGCCCUGAAAGCCCCCAAACCCGAGCCCGAAAAGCCCAUUACGCCUAAACGGCCAGCGGAGGCUCGAGAUGCUCGUGAGGUUGCGAAAAAACUUAUCAAAUCCGGUGCCAUUCCGGCCAUUUCCAAACAACAAAAACAGCCAGAACAGGGCUUUAAACGGCCUAGAGGCUUGGAAAGAAAACUGAUUUCGGAUAAAAUUGUGAGUGGUUAUCAGCCUUUUUCGGCUGUGCAGAUGGACGAUGGGCCUGAUAACCCCGAAAAUAAGCCGCCAAGGAUUAAGAAUUUGUAUGAUACUUUUGCUAAUGCGCGUGAUAGGGAAGAGAGGGGUUUGACUGAGAAACAGAGGGAAAAGCCGGAUAAACCCAGGCAAGGGAAUACGAUUUAUGUGUCAGGGUAUAAGAUAACGGAGGAGUUUUUGAAGAAGCAUUUUUCAACGAUUGGAAAUAUUGUGAAUAUUUCAAUGGAGAUUGAGAAAAAUCGCGGGUUUGUCACGUUUGAUAAGGUGGAAGCCGCCGAACGGGCCAUAGCUGAGAUGGAUGGGAGUAUGGUUUCGGGGAUUCAGCUCAAAGUCACUCUAGCGAGACGACAGCCCCAAAUAGAGCCAAUAAAUGACGCAUCAUCGAGCGCAGCGUGGGCCACUCUAGCGUCAAGUCAUUCUCAAAAAGGCAAUCACAGGGAUAAGAGAAAUUUAGUGUCGUAUGAUGAUAUGUUUGACUAAACUUACGUAAGGUGAUUUAUUAAGAAAAAACCCGCUUAAUUAUAAUAGUAUUAACAAUAAAAAAUUGAAUAAUA